CACAUGUACUGAGGCCAAGGUCUCUUACCGAGCAGGAGGAAUGGCUCUCACAGUCUCAGUGUCAGUCGUGGUUUUAAAGGAGCUGGAGACCAGAGCUUUAUGUGCAGAGCGUUGACUGGUUCUGACUCAGGCUGAGCAGUGAAGCAGUGAGUGAACAGUGAUUCCAGCAUUAACAAGCAAGAGAGGAAGGAUGUCCCACAUGGACUCCAACGGAGCCGGCAGCGUGCAGUAUGAUCGCUGGAACGAGGACAACGUCAACAUGAAUGUGGAGGCAUCACAGUCCACUGGGAUGAGGAUCUACAACAGAGUGUGUGUCGGCAGCACUGGGGUAGCAGUGAAGACAGCAGGAGCUCUGGCUGCACUGGUGACCAUCUACAUCAUAGGAUAUGUGACAGGGUACUACAUCCAUAGGUGCUGAUAGGAGCCCAGCAAGGAGAGAAAAGCACUCGCACAAUGUAGACUAAGUUGGCGAUACGGCAUCUUUCGUCAGAAGAGCACUCAAUCCAAGUGUGUUCAAAAAUCUGUGAUCAUUUCAGUCUUAUUGUUAAUACACAAACUCAAGCUUCAAACUCUUAAAACUCUGCAAGUAAAUCUUCAUCAGUUCAGUCUUUCACUAUCCUCAUGUAAUUUUUGAAAUACUGUUAAAGUAAUGUAUAUAUUAUUUUUGUAAUGAUGUCUAUUCUGAAAAUAAGUGUAUUAAUUAAGCUACAGUGGGACAACCAUGAAUCCACAAACUGUCAACUGGAUUUUCAAAAUCCAAAAAAACAAAUUGGGUCUUUCUGAUUUUGUGUGAUAAUUGAAUUGCAUUCAGAGGACAUGUUGUAUUAUCUGUUUCACAAAGAGUCAGUGUAGUGACAGCAGCAGUGAUGGCGGAGGAGAAUCUGAGCUGAUCUUUAACCUGACUGAAGUCAGCCCAUUGCAGUUUUAAGGAUCAUUUCUGUCAUAUUUCUUUGGUCAUACUGAAGGGGCCACCUGCUGCAAGAGCAACACUGAUUCUAUAAUAUGUAUUUAUUUAUGUGGCUGUACGACUUCUGAUUUGCUUCCUCACAUUAUGUCACUCUUUAAUUUAUUUUAUUCCCUUCCAAAUUAUGUCCCUCUGGUAAGACUGACUUUUUCUUGUGCAGCGAUACAGCAGCAGUUUCCCUCUCAGAGAAACCUCUACAUCCACUGAUAACUGGUGGAAGGAUGUAGCUGUUGGCUGAAGUCAUAGAUUACCCUGGUUUAGGGACUUGGAGUAAUUCCCAAGUUAUUUAUUAACUCAUGGAUGUUAGUUCAUUUUUCUGAGGCUCUCAAUCCAGGUCAUUAAAAGUUCAUCAAUCUACUUUUACAAACUCUCUUUUCAUUGCGUCAGACAAAUCCUCUGCUGCUCAUAAAGUGAUGCCAACACGUCUGAUUGAUGAAUCUGAUUUGCUCUGCAAUGAAAGCUCACCUUUGGAUUUCAAAUAAAUCUACUACUUUUUC